CUCUCUCUCUUUUUUUUUUCCCUUUUUUAAUCACUCAUUUAUAAUUACAUUUUCAUUCUACAUAAAAUAAUAUACAUUCAUAUGCACAACUUAAACACAAGUGAAUACUCUCGAGGUCGUAAAAGAAGAAAUUCAGAAGAUGAAGAAAUGGACGACAUUUCACAUCGAUCAUUAUUAGCGGCUAGAAAGGAAUUAAAGAAACAUAAAUCAAUUCAAAAACGAACAGCGAGAAUAGCCAUUCUAGAAACAAUGGAGAAGGAGGCUCUAAUUCAUAUUAUUCAAAGCUUUUUACAUAAGCAGCCUGAGCUGAUACGAGACGUUAUGACUUAUAUUCCAGAACCUACGAUUGCUUCAGCCAUGAAUGUUUUAUUGGACAUGGAAAAGAAAUUUAUUAAUAGCUUCCCAUUUAAUAAGCAUGGUCCAGGCAGAGAUGAUUAUACGUUUUCAAGAGUGAGAGAACCCUUGGCAGACUUGAUUGAUACACUUGUUCGAUAUGCAAAUCAUUUUACAUCACCUCGAGUAUUCCCUACCACCACAUUCACUUUCCUUGAUUACGCAGCACAUAUCGCUCAUCGAUUACCUGUUUGGGAUAAUGAGAAUCAUAAUAGACUGAAACAAAACUUGUAUCAACAAUUAAAUGAGUUUUGGAAAACGGCUAUUCAGUCUACUGCAUCCAAAUUACGUGAAGGUGAAAUUUAUAGUCCCGAAUCAGUUAGCGAAUGGGCAAAGAGCCUGGCUCAACAUGAUAGCUUCACAGGUGGAUUUUAUUUUACAGAAUCUGUGCAUGAAUUUACUAGGCAGCUGGGCUUUAUGAUUGGUUUAACCACUGCCAAUGAUCUUGAAGAUAAAGCAGCAACACCCGUGUGCCAUCUUGCUCCUUUAGAAACCACCUUUACUUCGACCUCUGUUGUAGGCGAUAGAAGAUAAGCAAUAAUAACAUUUCUUUUUAUGGAACAAAUACAAUUGAUACAAGCAUACACACGCACAAACACACAAACAAACGGCAUUCCUUUAUUAUAUAUCUUCCCCUUUUUUAUUUUAUGAACUAAAUACAGUUUUUUAAGCUAAAAUGUGACGAUUCAAAAAAAUAAGUUAGA